AUGGUUCUAGCCUUUGGUUCGACCAGCUGCAGCGAGUUCCUCAAAGGCCGCGAGGAAGACUCAUUUCAAGGAGACCUCCGAGACGAACGCGACGACAACAGCUCCUCGUCGUCCCCACUCUCGUAUUCGGUGACCUCUUCGCCCGUUUGUGGAAGAUAUUCGAAAAUGAAGGAAAAGUCGAAGAAUGCCGCACGCUCGCGACGCGAGAAAGAGAAUGCCGAAUUUGUAGAGCUUGCGAAACUUCUACCGCUCCCUCAAGCGAUCACAACGCAACUCGAUAAGGCGUCUGUCAUUCGCCUGACGACAUCCUAUCUGAAGAUGCGAGCUGUAUUUCCUGAUGGGCUCGGAGACAAGUGGGGAGCUGAGGUGGACCGCGAACGCUCAGACAGCGCCGGAAUCCGAGAGUUGGGAUCACACCUCUUACAAACGUUGGACGGUUUCGUGUUCGUGGUUGCCCCGGAUGGCAAGAUCAUGUACAUUUCCGAAACGGCUAGCGUCCAUUUGGGUCUUUCUCAGGUGGAACUGACCGGAAACAGUAUCUACGAAUACGUACAUCAGAACGAUCACGACGAAAUGGCUUCGGUGCUCUCAUGUUCGUCUCCUCCCGAAGGGGGUCAACCUCGAGGAUCGCAAGGGGAGCUAGAAAUCGAUCGUUCAUUUUUUCUAAGAAUGAAGUGCGUUCUAGCGAAGCGAAACGCCGGCUUGACUUCUGGCGGAUACAAGGUGAUUCACUGCAGCGGCUACUUGAAAGUGAAACAAUACUCACUGGAAUCCGCGCCCUACGAGAGCUGCUAUCAGAAUCUCGGGCUCGUUGCCGUUGGGCACUCACUACCGCCGUCCGCGGUUACCGAAAUAAAAAUGCACACGAACAUGUUCAUGUUCAGAGCAUCUCUGGAUUUGAAACUGAUCUUCUUGGAUUCGCGAGUGAGCGCCCUGACCGGAUACGAGCCCCAGGAACUGAUCGACAAGAGCCUUUACCAAUUCGUCCAUGUUUCGGACUGUAUGCAUCUCCGUUUGGCGCAUCAUCAACUGCUGCUCAAAGGACAAGUCACCACAAAGUACUACAGAUUGCUAUGCAAAGGAGGCGGUUACGUUUGGAUGCAGAGUUACGCCACAAUCGUCCACAACAGCCGUUCUUCGAGACCUCACUGCGUCGUCAGCGUGAACUACGUUCUCAGCGACAUUCACGAACGAGACAUUGAGGUUGAGAUCCAACAAGGAGUCUCGCUCAAAGAACCCAACGGAGCACAGCAGCCGGUAGAGCAGACUUCCAACGGUGUCGGAGGAUUCGAAGAGUAUCCCUCAUCCCACAGUCCGGGCAGCAGGACUAAGAAACGUAAGCGUAGAACGGCGUCCCCGUACGACGAGGCAGCGGGUGGAGCAUCGUCAUCGCUCAUGGAUUACACUGUCCCUCCAGUCGCGGCCCCAUCCGAUGGUCCUCCCCGCGUAUCUCCGGCGCCCUACGACGCCCAGACGGUGUGGUAUCCGGCGGAAGCCGAUCGAAACUGGAAUUGCUACCAGUUUCUACCCCAAAGCAAAUAUCCUCUGAAUCAACUGACCCCGGCUGGUUACUACCCUCAAUUCGAGUCUGUGGCGCCAUCUGUCGUUCCAAUCGAGCAGCUGUACCCCCCGAUGCAGCAGCGACCGUAUAGUAAUCACUCCGAUUCCACCACCCAAUCAUCCGAUAGCAGCGGAUAUCCUCCUUGUCCGGUGUACCCAUUGUACGGCUCGCCUGGCAGGUCGUCCCCCAGAGGCGCGGUCGUUCAAGAUGCGGGAAUGUAUCGAGAAUAUUACGACUCAUACGUCGUCGAAUAUCCGCAUGAACCGACUGAAGAAGCCGCAGAGACGUACACGGAGUACCGCAAUGACUACGUUCACUCGUAA